AUGACCAUUUUUGGCCUUAUUCACAAUGGCUAUGGCUCCCCAACAUUUGCUCAGCCAGAGAGGGAGCAGAACUCAAGAACAAGUGCGAAAGCUCUUUAUGAACAAAGGAAGAAUUAUGCACGAGACAGUGCCAGCAGCAUAUCCGAAACGUCACAGUAUCACGUAGAGCACUUGACCACGUUUGUUCUGGACCGAAAAGAGGCAAUGAUUACAGUAGACGAUGGAAUAAGAAAGCUGAAAUUGUUGGAUGCCAAAGGCAAAGUGUGGACUCAAGAUAUGAUUCUUCAAGUGGAUGACAAAGCUGUCAGUUUGGUGGACUUGGAAUCAAAGAAUGAACUGGAGAAUUUUCCUUUAAGCACAAUUCAGCAUUGCCAAGCUGUGAUGAAUGCAUGCAAUUACAAUUCAAUUCUUGCAUUGGUAUGUAAAGAACCAACCCAAAACAAGCCUGAUUUGCAUCUUUUCCAAUGUGAUGAAAUUAAGGCUAGCUUUAUUCAUGAAGAUAUUGAAAGUGCAAUCAGUGACAGCAAAAGUGGGAAGCAAAAGAAGAGACUUGAAACACUGAGAAUGAUCUCCAAAGCUGACAGUGCCAUCCCUCCUCCGCCACGGGCACCGGCCCCGGUGCCGCCGGGGACCAUCACCCAGGUGGACGUGAGGAGCCGCGUGGCAGCGUGGUCGGCGUGGGCUGCUGAGCAGGGCGACUUUGAAAAACACAGACAGUACCAUGAGCAGGAAGAAACAGCAGAGAUGAUGGCAGCCAGGAUUGACAGAGAUGUUCAAAUUCUGAACCAUAUUUUGGAUGACAUAGAGUAUUUUGUUACCAAGCUUCAAAAAGCUGCUGAAGCAUUUGCUGAACUUUCAAAGAGGAAGAAAACUAAGAAAAGUAAAAAGAAAGGACCUGGAGAGGGAGUUCUCACUCUCCGUGCAAAACCACCACCUCCAGAUGAAUUUGUUGAUUGCUUCCAAAAAUUCAAGCAUGGCUUCAAUCUUCUGGCUAAGUUGAAGUUCCAUAUCCAGAAUCCCAGUGCAGCUGAUCUGGUUCAUUUUCUCUUUACCCCACUACAAAUGGUGGUACAGACAACAGGAGGUCCAGAGCUUGCUGGUACAGUACUCAGCCCCCUCUUAACAAAAGAUACCAUAGACUUCCUUCGAUACACUGUCACCGGUGAGGAGGGACAGUUGUGGAUGUCCUUGGGUGACACCUGGACCAAAGCCAGAGCCGAUUGGCCCAAAGACCAUUUUAUUCCACCUUAUGUCCCCCGUUUCCGAAAUGGUUGGGAGCCUCCUUUGCUGAACUUCAUGGGAGCUCCAAAGGAGCAAGAACUCAAUCAUUUGGCUGAGUCUGUGGCAAACGUUGCAGAGCAGCAGCGAAAACAAGAGAUGAAAAGGAUGUCCACUGAGCCUCCCGGUGUUCCCGACUACCCUCCGUCGGAUGGGUAUGCAUUCAGUAACACAGUUUACAAAAGAGGGCCUCUGCUGGACCAGGGGGCGGCUGUUGCUGCCUUUAAGCAAACUGUUAGCCGACAUGUAGAUAGUUUAGAGAAUGAGUCUAAUUGCAUUGCACUGUUGAUGAUAUCAGUGUAUCUGGCUGCAACUGAAAGUCGCCCAAGCCUCCUUUGUGGCAGGGUCCCUUCAGGUAGUGGAGGGAUUUUGGAAAGACAGCCUAAAAGUAAAAGCACUGUCAGAGCUGAGAUAAUUCUGGAUGACAGAAAGCAGUGGUGGAAGGUUCAGAACAGGAGUGGCAGCACAGGCUUUGUGCCAAACAAUAUUUUGGAUCCUCUGAGGAGUCAAGAAGGUGGUCAAGGAUGGCCGGAGCCUGUGUAUACCCGCACCAUCCAGAAACAAAGGACGGACUAUGUAGGAAAACAGUCUGACCCGGUUCCUGCUACUCCUUCACCACCUCCCACACCUGCUCCUGUCCCAGUGGCUGUCCCCCUCCCUCCCAGUGCACCAGCACCUAUUCCAGUUCCCGUGCCCAAGGCGCCAGCAGCCGUCAGCCGCCAAAGCAGCACCUCCAGUGACAGCGGUGGGAGUGUGGCACGAGACACUCAGAGGCAGAAGCAAAUUCCUGUGGAUCGCAGGAAAUCCCAGAUGGAGGAGGUGCAGGAUGAACUUGUUCACCGCCUCACCAUCGGCCGGAGCGCUGCCCAGAGGAAGUUCCACGUGCCACGACCCAACAUCCCAGUGGUCAACAUCACUUAUGACUCCUCCCCUGAUGAUGUGAAAGCGUGGUUGCAGUCCAAAGGAUUCAACCCUGUGACUGUCAACAGCCUUGGUGUGCUGACAGGUGCUCAGCUCUUCUCCCUCAAUAAAGAGGAACUGAGGACUGUUUGCCCAGAAGGGUCGAGAGUCUACAGCCAAAUCACGGUACAGAAGUCUGCCUUGGAGGCAAACAGUGGUAGUUCAGAACUGCAAGAAAUUAUGAGAAGACGACAGGAAAAAAUCAGUGCAGCUGCCACAGAUUCAGGUGUGGAGUCCUUUGAUGAAGGGAGCAGCCACUAAAUGUGUUUCUUCUUUUCUUUAAUUCCAUUGCCCAUAGCAUCAUACCAUCCAGCUUUGCUUUAGGAAGCAGUGAAGGGGAAUGUCUUACUAUAUUGUAACUUAACUAGCCAACACAAAGAAAAUUUACAGUAGUCUCCACAGGAGUACCUGCUGCUGCCUUCUCAUCACGAAAAAUAAACAGAUGAGAAAUUCAGUGGAGCUUCCUGGCAGGUGAAAAUAUUGGCACAUGAUUCAUUUACACCCACAGAUGAGUCUUGGCUUUAUGGAAUUAACAUGACAGACAAAUUGUAGCACAUCUUUGUGAUUCAUCUGAGGGAAGCUGAGCCAGCAAUAAAAAAAAGCAUUUGACCCCUUCAGUAAUUAUAAGAUUCUGAAUCCCAUCUCUUGCUGUAGUGUGCAAUUAUGUCUUUUUGGCUCAGUCUUUCUUGUCAUGCAUUCGGCUGCAGGACAUUUACUUAAGUUGUUGAUGCCAGCAAUUGGAGAGGAAAUCUUUAGAGAAUGAACAGCAGCCCAGCAUAGACUGAACCUUUCUUGCAUCACUCCCAAGAUGUUUUAUUACUAAUGAUGCUGUUUAUAACAAAAUAAUACUCUGUACAUUGAUUUUAUCAAUACUUCACCCGUGAUGAACUAUAAUAUUGCACAAGAAGGAAUAACUAGAAUAUAGUAACACAACUCAGCUCAAAGAGGUGAUGAGAUCUGCUGUAGCUGGCCAUGCAACAACUCACAGUACAUUUUUUUUUAAUAUACUUGCAUUUUUUUUUUUGCCUGUAACUUAACCCAUCAAAAGAACAGUGUAUAAUCUAGACUUCUCUGUGUGUUGAUCCCAGAUAUCAGUUUUUCCUCAUGUAAAAAAAACUAUUGUUCUUUUAUAAAUGUAAUCUUUUGGGAAAGUGGAUUCCUGGAGGCAAAAGGGGGGAAAAGAAGAGGAAACAUCCUUUCCAGAAAAUGUUAUUUUUGAAGAUGAAAUGAUUUUUGUCACAAAAUGCUCUGUUAUGGUCAUGUGAUUUUAUAUAUAAUAUAUUUAUUAUAUAUAAUAUAUAAUAUCACUUAAUUUAGACAAAUUUAAUCAUCUAGUUUGAUUGAGUUUCAUAGUGCCUUUUUCACAUGAAUCAGCUUAAAGUCUGCAAUAAACAGUAUUUCUUGUCUGUUAAAUCGUUGUAUCUUUGUGGCUACAAAGACAGUAAUGAAAUAAGAAAGUAAUCUUGAUUUUUGCCAUCAGUUUACUUUUCCUCUGCAUACAAGGGAAGAAUGAAUCCUAUUCAUUUUUCAGAAAAGAAAAGAUUAAAUUCUUAAUAAAUUUAUUAAGUGCCA